UAAAAACCCUGUCCAAUGUUUUCAGUUGUACCAGUCGCCAUGUCUCUCCUAAGCGUGAUAAUUGCGUCUCUAUUAGUGACUCUCACAGCAGCCAAGCCGUCUUUUACUGGGGACAAUUGCACAAUAACUGAGUUUUCUCAAGUCGAAUCUGUUUCAGCGAAAUGUACCAACAUCAUUGUGUCUAAUCUGCAAGUUCCAGGUGGUGAAACGCUAGAUUUUAAAUUCAAGAAGCCAGGAGUUCAUAUUACUUUUGAAGGAAAAACCACGUUUGGGUACCAAUUAUGGAAAGGACCCCUUAUCAGGAUUCAGGGCGUAGGAAUUACCGUUACAGGAGCACCUGGUUCUGUACUUGAUGGACAAGGUGCUCUUUAUUGGGAGGGCAAAAACGGAAAAAAGACUAAACCUAAAUUUUUCAAAAUAAAGGUUAAAGAAGGAUCAGUGUUCAAGGAUAUACACUUACUGAAUUGCCCUGUUCAUUGUGUAUCCGUAAGUAUGUCCGACCACGUAACCCUAUCAGGAUGGAACAUCGAUGUUUCUGCAGGAGACAAGGAUGAGCUAGGACACAAUACCGAUGGAUUCGACAUCUCUGAAACUAACAAUAUACUAAUCGAAAACGCAAUUGUCCAGAAUCAGGACGAUUGUGUCGCCGUAAAUCAAGGUUUCAACAUGACAUUCAGGAAUUUGGAGUGUAUUGGAGGUCACGGACUCAGUCUUUCUGUCGGUAUGAGCCACGAGGUGAUCAAAAAUACGGUGGCUAACGUCACUUUUAGAGACUCGAUAGUCAAAAAUUCGAGAAACGGUAUUCACGUUAAAACUCAUACUAACUCUGGAGAAGGACUCAUCAGGGACAUAACAUACAAAAACAUUGAGAUGACAGGAAUCUGGAGAUACGGAGUAAAUGUAGAACAAGACUACAAGAACGGAAAAUCCACUGGAAAUGCAACAAAUAACAUCCCUAUCAGGGGACUAACAUUGACUAACGUUAACGGACAGUUAACAGGACCAGAGUCAGUACCGGUUUACAUACUUUGUGGAUCUGAAGGAUGUGAAAACUUCGAAUGGUCCGAAGUUUCGUUCCGUGGUGCUUCAAAUCCAAGUUCUUGUAAUUAUGAACCUCGCGGUUUUCAUUGCCCAAAAUAAUUAAGUUUCUAAUAAAUAUUGAAUAAAAGUUACA